AUGUCUGCAGUUGGAUCUCUAGUAUUUUGUACGGAUUGUGGCAAUCUGUUGGAAAGUUCUACUGGUAAUAAGAAUACUAUUUUAACAUGCGAUUGCUGUGGAGCAGAAAAUAAAGGUACGCGCAAUUUGAUUCUUGUCAUUGUCACAGUGAAUAGUACUGAUCAAACUUUACUUCUAGAUACUGCUUCACAAACAAUCGAGACGAGAACGAAAGAAGCAUCCUUCCCCUCAGUAUUGCGCCAAAAAAGAUCAGUCGUUCAAACGGUAGAGAAGUCUGAUUAUGAGAAUCAAGCAAUGAGUAAAACACCAUGCCCAGAAUGCGGCGCAAAGGAGGUCAGAUUCACAGCAGUACAAUUGAGAAGUGCGGAUGAAGGAAGUACCAUUUUCUACAACUGUACCUGUGGAAACAAGUGGACCGAGAACAAUUGA